AUGUCAACUUCAUCAGAUACAUCAAUAUCAACAUUAUGUUGUUUUUGUUUAGGUGAUGAUACAGAGAUUCCAUCAUUUGGUACUUUAAAGGAUGCAAAAGAUAUGUUAAAACCAUGUACAACAUGUUCAUUAAUUUGUCAUAGAAAAUGUUUAUUAGAUUGGUUUAAUUCAAUACCAAGUGAUCAAUUACAUAUAAUUCAUGCAAAUAAAGCAAUAAAUUUAAAUUCAAUAUCAAGAAAUAAUCAUGAUCAUAUUGGAGAUAUUGGAAUUGGUUCUCCACCAAAUAAUAAUCAAACUACUAAUAUAAGAAUUAAUUUAUCUACUCAAGCUUUAGAAAGUUGGUUUAAUGGAAUAACGAGGCCAAAUACUAAUGAAGAAAAUCAUGAUCGACCUAGUAGUGAAGACGGGACUGAAAAUGAAGAAAGCCCUUCAAAUGAGGGCCCAUCCUCGCCAGAAAAUCCACAUCAGCAUCACCACCACCAAAAUUAUCAACCUCAAUCAUCUAAAUCAUCUUCAGUCUACAUCUUCGCCCCAUGUCCACAAUGUAAAAAAGAUAUAAUUUUCAGAAUGAAAAGAUCAUUAUUAUUAUCACUGAGUUCACAUUUUAAAUCAUUUAUUUCAAAAUUAAUAAAAUAUGGUGGAAUAUUUUUAGGUAUUACAUCAGCAAUUACAGGAAUUUUAUCAAUGGGAUAUAUAGGAUUAACAACGACUGGUUUAAAAAUGAUGGAAAAUAUAAUACCAUCAACUUUAUUAGUUAGAAUGUUAACAAAAAAAAGAUUAAUUACAAAUACUUCUUAUUCAUCAUUAUCUAAAAUUUUAUUUGGUAAUUCAUCAAAUUAUGCAGUUGAUAAUUUAGAACAAGCAUUAAUUCAAGGAUUAAUUGAUCCUUUAAAAUUUUCAAGAAUUCCUGUAUUACCAAUAGUAAUGUAUAGAUUAAGAUCAUCAUCUAUAAUAAAAUUAAUAUUUGGUAUAAAAAAUGAUGAAUUUUUAAGUUCUUUAAUUACUGAAUUUAUGAUUUCUGGUUAUAUUUCAUCAAUUGCUGAUCAUUCAUUAAUAAGAUUAAUUUAUAAAAAUUUAAGAUCCAAUUUGCAGAGGGGAUUAAUUUUUUCAAAUCCAUUAAAUGGGAUAAAUUUUUUAACUAAUAAUAAUAUAGUAUCAUUAAUUAUACCAUUACGUUGGUCAUAUGAUUUAAUUUAUAGAUUAACUUUUAAUAGAGCUUAUUUCAAUUUAACUAUGAAAUCAAGACCAAGAGCAAUAGCUAAUAGUUUAAAUAAUGGUGAUGAAAUUGAUGAAUUAGAAGAUUUAAAUUGUCAAUUAAAUGGAUAUAAACAAUCAUAUCAAAGAAUAUAUCAAAAAAUAGAAAUCAAAAUAAAUAAUUCAAAAUCAUUGAAUAAUAUUCCAUUAAUCUCCAACUUAAUAAAAUACAUUUAUAAAAAUAUCUUAUAUUUUAAAACAAUUUCACAAAAAAAUUUUAUAAAUUAUAUUUCAUUAAUUAUAAAAAUAAAUUUUAAAUAUACAAUAGCAUGUUUAAAAUUUGAUUAUUCAAAUAUUUUAAUAAAUCAAAAUACAAUUUUUAAAUGUUUAACAACUAUAUUAUGGCCAUAUUUUGCAUCAAAAUUAGGUAAUUUAUUUAUAUUACCUUUACUCAACAAGAAUUCAAUAUUGAGUAACUUGGUCUUGGAGAAAAAACUCUUAAUUUCAAAUAUACUAGGAUUAGUUUUUGUAUGUAUCAUAAAAGAAAUUAUAAAUUUAUAUUUAUCAAAUAAAAAAGUAAAACAAAUUUUAAAUAUUGAAACAAUAGAUUUAAAAGAAAAUUCAAUAUUAAAUAAUUUUGCUAAAAAAAUUUUAAAUUUAAGAAGUACUCAAGAUGAAGAAGAUUUAUUGAAUUAUAUUAAUGAUGAAAUUUCAACUGAUGAAUUUGAAAGUUUUUUACAACAAAAUCAAGAUGAAAAUAAUUUUAUUGAUAUACCUGGUAAUUAUCCAAGUUAA